GGCAGAUCGCGGCGCGGGAUCGGUGGCGAAGGUCCGCGGCGGGAUCGGCGUCGCUGCGGCUGCUGACGACCUCUGCCCGGCCGGCCACCUCCGCAGACCAGUUUCGCGGCGGCAGGAGGCGCGGAGCCCCGAGGGAGCGAGUCCCCGCGCACGGCGGCUCCGCUGCUUCCCUUCGAGGGAGGUCGGGCACCCAGCUCUCCGGACCCGUCCGGAGUCUUCGCCUCCCGCGGGCCGGCCGACUGCGGCGCCCGGGGCAUGGCUUCGGCGGGCAGCGGCAUGGAGGAGGUGCGCGUGUCGGUGCUAACCCCGCUGAAGCUGGUCGGGCUGGUGUGCAUCUUCCUGGCGCUGUGUCUGGACCUGGGGGCCGUGCUGAGCCCGGCCUGGGUCACGGCCGACCACCAGUACUACCUGUCCCUGUGGGAGUCCUGCCGGAAACCCGCCAGCUUGGACAGCUGGCACUGCGAGUCCACGCUCAGCAGCGAUUGGCAGAUUGCUACUCUGGCUUUACUCUUGGGCGGCGCUGCCAUCAUUCUCAUUGCAUUCCUGGUGGGUUUGAUUUCUAUCUGCGUAGGAUCUCGAAGGCGCUUCUACAGACCUGUUGCUGUCAUGCUUUUUGCAGCAGUUGUUUUACAGGUUUGCAGCCUGGUCCUUUACCCAAUCAAGUUCAUUGAAACUGUGAGCUUGAAAAUUUACCAUGAGUUCAAUUGGGGUUAUGGCCUGGCGUGGGGUGCAACUAUAUUCUCAUUUGGGGGUGCCAUCCUUUAUUGCCUGAACCCUAAGAACUAUGAAGACUACUACUAGAACCAAUAGUCUCAAAUUGGGGGGAAAAACAUCCAACAAGGAUUACGUCUGCAUCUUUUGUAACUCACUAUUUUCUAAAACACUUGUAGAGUGUCAAGCAGUUUGCUAAGUUGAUUUAAUAUCUUUUGCCUUUUAGCUGUCAACAUCAUAACCAGCUUUUACAUCCAUUUUAGGGACCUGCACAAAUUAGGAGAGCUGAUUAGACAUAGGCAAAUGCUGCAAACUUCCAGUACGUUCGUGCCAUUUUUCUUGACAAGUGAAGGGUCUAUAUGACAGCAACCACUGUGAGAAUCUAGUUGGAAUGAGAAAUGCCUGAAUCUCCUAUAGCCUGCAGGGGAGCAGCUGGCAUAAGCAACAUUUAGAAGUUCCUUUGCGCUGACAAGGAUUCCACUGUUAGAAUCCUUAUCACCUGCUUUUCCCACCCAGUGACUACAUUGCCAUUGGUUUUUUGCUUGAGUGAGCUCUUGAAUAGUGAACUGCCCAUCAGCAUCUAAUGGGAGUUCUGAAUGUAAGUGGUUAAUGGUACAUAUUCCAUCUUCAAGAGUACUCUUUUUAAUGGGAGGUUAUGCUUUGGCAAUCAGCAUUUCCUUGGGAAGGGAGUCAAGACUUGGAGACAUGUGCUUUUCAUUAUGUGCUUAGAAAUUGUGCCUCAUCCAUAUCUAGAAUGAGGAAAAUUGGGAGUCUCUACUGUCCCUGGGGCAAUUAGAAAGAAAUAUGCAUGAGUUGCUUUUGUCCAUAUACCCCUUAAAUCAUUUACCAAACAUUACAGCCAAUAAUUGUGCAUAUGUAACAAGCUUAAAUAUGUUUAUAGAAGAUGGACCAUUAGUAUAAAUGGUAAUAUGUUGUUCCCUAGCCCUACACUUGCAUUUGCCUACUAUGCAUAAAAUUAAUAUUUGCUCUAGUGAAGUGAUUUGAACACUAACCUUGUACACGUUGUUAAGAGGCUUAGAUCGGUAUGCACACUUAUUAAACCGUACAAAAGUACAUAUUAAAGCUUUUGCUCUAUGUUCUCUACUGUUUCACUGGAAAGUUUUAAUAGAAUUGUAUAAGAAGGAAAACUGAAAUGGUGUUAAUCUGAAAAUUAAUGAUUCUUCUGUAAGCACUGUAGUUCAAAAGAGAGUAGCAAUUAGGAUGAUCAUUUUGUUUAAAAUAGAAGGCUGCUUCUUGUUUUCAAGUAUUUUAAAUGUCUUUAUUGAAAAAUAAAGGAAUAGUGAUAGAUUUAUAUGAAUGUCUGAAUGUCUCAGUAGAGGAGUGGAAUUCAUCUGGUUAUCACCUGGUCCUCUGACAUUAACUAAUGGGCUAACUGAUUUGUGCACACAAUUGUGAUGGAUUUAUGUUGAGGGAAUCAUUUAUUGACUGUUCAAGUGGAAGGAAAUAUCAAUAGUAGGGAAUAAGUUUGCAACUAAUCUCACACUGUAAACUUGUUCAUCUUAAUCCUCUUUAAUAUACAAAUUUGGAUAGUUUAAUUAUAAACGUAUUUUUAUAUCAAAUAUACAGUUCUAAUAUAAAAGUUAUAAAUAAUUAUUUUUGUUAACAAAGACACUAAAACAGUAUGUCCUGGUUUUGGCCCUUUUGCAGAAAGAAGCAUUGGAAAAAUCAUUGCAAACAUACCUGUGUUCUCUUGUAUUGUAAAAUCUGUUAAGAGCAGGACCACAUCAGUGGUGGUUAAUAAUAUGCUUUACCUCCCAAAGUAAAGUUCUGCUUUCAGCUUGUCUUAAGAACUGUUGCCAAAACAACAGGAAGGAAAAAAAACUAUUUUAUUAUUCAAAUGCUUAAAAAAAACUCUUUUAUCUUCUGACUUUUCUAUAGAAUCACAAAGUAAAUAUGAAGUACCAGGCUUAUUCUUAUUUUAGCAAUCAAUGACAGACAAAAGUGAUUAAAUGCAUCCUAGAGAGAAACCUUUAUAAAAGUGUACGUUUCUAUGUAGAAUCAUAAGAAACUAUGAGUGAAGUUCUCCAGAAAGAUGUUAGUAUUAUAGAAUCCUUUGAAGCAAUUUUCUUGAGAAAUAUACAUAGUAAAAUCUGGGCCAGACUUUCUUGCAGUUAGUUAAUUGUAUAUUGUCGAAACAGCAUGAGAAAUACGAUAUUUGUAGGAAAGGGAUUUCAGCUACUAAACACUCUCUACUGUGAGAGAAUCUCUUUAUUCCUGAAUAAUGGAAGAACAGUAUUUUGGUGCUGACAUCAAUGAGGCACUUUUCUUAGUCCUAGUAGAGGAUGCAGUGUGCUGUUAGACUAAUAUCACAUCUCGAGUCUUAUCAAGUUUUCAUUCUCUGUCAAUUAUGACAAGCUGGAAAGUGACAGAAUAUGUUAUCAGCUAAGGCACACAUAUUUGCAGUUUACUGAAAAGUAGAUUGCUUAUAUAACUUUUUCCCCUUCCCAGUGAGGAGCCCUAUGCUAUAUUUCUACCAUCACUAAUGUUUGAAAGUGUUUCAUUACUAAUAAGCUCCGUACAACACAGGUUGUUGCUCAUCUGAAAUACAGUUUUGUCUAUCAAUAAACACAAGUGAAUUGUUCAUCUACAUUAACAUUAUGUCUGUGUAGCUUUAGGUUUGUUUUCUUACUAAAACUGUUAACUAUAAACCCAUUGUUUCUCUUAGAGAGAGAGAUACACAUAACACGUGUAGCAAAAAGUACUCAGCAGGGCUAGUUAUUCGGAUUUCUUGCACAACUAUUUAGCUUUUUGUAAGUUCAACAUGUAAAUUUUAAAGACAAAUAUAGAGAGACCUAUGUGUUUGAAAUAUAAAUGAUAUCUAUGGAUUAGCAUGUACCUGUAUAUUAUUAAACAUGCAAUGAACUGACUGGUAAGUGAUGUCUAAUUGUAUGGCUAGCAAUGUAAUUUAUUCAGACUGUAUUUUUGUACAGAGCAGCGCACACUAACCUAUGCCUCUGUGUCCUCUUUAAUGCCUAAAACUGUGCCUAGAAAUUUCAUCUGUCUUAAAAAUAAAAUAUACUUCAUGCUGUUUAUGCUAUUAGUUUCUCUACUGCUGUUCUAUAUUUAUUAUUUUAAAGUAUAUGACAUGUUUACUACUUAAAUCUGAAAUCAUGGUAUUCUGGUUAUUUUUUCUAACAGUCCUCUGGGGGAAAUCUGUUUAUCACUCCAGUGGUUUUGAGUUUGCAGUUUCAGGAUCAGUUCUUCAUUUCAUGAUUUUUGUAGCUGACAUGAAGUUAUCUAUGUGGAAAAAAUAAAAAUAAAAGUGGUUUCACUGAUGUGGU